AUGGACGGGGCAAAGGUGAAGGCGAUCAUGGAAUGGGAAGCGCCAACGAAGCGAAUUACGAUCCUUCUUAGGGCUGGUCAAUUAUUAUCGCCGAUUCAUACAGGGGUACUCGGCGAGGGCCUCUUACCGACCUGCUCAAGAAAGCCGUGGGGCCCUUCGAGCACUGAUGCCUCUGACUUUGCUAUUGGGGGAGUGUUGAUGCAAGAGCGGCACCCGAUAGCGUUCGAAAGCCGAAAGUUAAACGACACCGAGCGGCGCUACACGGUGCAAGAGAAGGAGAUGACGGCCAUCAUCCACUGCUUGAGGGUGUGGCCUCACUAUUUGCUAGGGGCACACUUCAGCAUUAAGACGGACAACGUGGCCACUAGCUACUUUCAAACCCAAAAGAAGCGGGCUCUAAAGGGUCCAUGUUUUUCCAUGAGCUGUGGUAGCUUGUUUGCAAUCAUAAUGAUUGGUACAUUUUUCUUUUUCUUGAGUAUUUUUGCAUACUUGGAGUCAAGCCUACAUUCUUGUCCAUCGAGCACUUUUAAGAGGUUGUUUACGAAGCUGCUUCCUUCUGUUGUGGUUGCCUUCCUUUCCCAAGGUUGCCCUUGGUAUGCCCCAUGUGCGGCUUCUUGCUCAUGA